AUGCGCUUCUCCAUAAUACUCUCUGCCUGUAUGGCAAUUGCUGGAGUUAGGGCUGCACCAGCUGGCUGGUCUCCGGGUUCCGCCAAGUGGUUGAGUGAAAUUGGGGACUAUAUUUCAAAGCACGCCAACAACGGUUUGCUUCAACAACCCACCUGCGAUCUCUCCAAAGCUGUUCUGCCAAGCAAUCCACAACUUUCGGAAGUUCCCAAGGACCAAAAACUGCUCGCUGUUGCAAUUGGACGAGGCACUCAGAAUUAUACAUGCUCAUCCUCAUCUCCGGAGAAAGCACCAAAGGCCACCGGUGCCAUGGCUACGCUGUUCAAUGCCUCUUGCAUUGCAUCCAACUACCCUUACCUCCUCUCGCUUCUCCCCAACGUCGCCCUCGAACUCACUACCCCUCCACCAUUCGGCAACUCUCGUGGUCCAGCAGACCUAAUGGUAAUGGGUCACCACUACUUCGACGGCGAGGGGGUGCCAAUUUUUGACCUACCAAAACUUGGAAUCUCCAGCGUCAAGAAAGCCGACUCUAAAGACGCACCGGCAAAUGCCAUGAAGGGUGUCAACACGGAGCAAGAGGGCGCUGUGAGUUGGCUAAUGCUAGAAUCAAUUCCAUCCAGCACGGGCCUAGCAAAGAGGGUAUAUCGGGUCAACACUGCUGGAGGAAAGGCGCCAUCGACGUGUGUCGACCAGCCAGAACAAAUCCAGAUUCAAUACUCUGCUGAGUACUGGUUCUAUGGAUGA